GUGGCAACCCUAACCUGGAGAGAGAAAAUUUUUCCAUACCUUUAUAAGAGGCUUAAUGGCAUGUUAUUUACCAGGUGAUCUGAAUUAGCUGCAUGUCAUGAAAAUCUUCACCUGCUCAUACUAAGCCUUGGUUAAAGAGUUUUGCCCAAAAACAGGUUGUUGCCAUGUGAUCUGGCAACCUUAGUUACAACAGAUAACGAUUCCCACCUCUCUAUCUUUUUUAAAACGUUGUAACAUCCAGUCUGAUGAAGAGGUUUGCAGUGUUCUGUGUCAAUUUGGUUAGUCCUAAUAGAAGAAUGACCAUACCGACAAGCUACCAAAAGAAUCACGGAGAUAAAAGCCUGCAGAAUCCAGAUAAGAACCAGGAGGAUGGAUCAGGGGCCUCCCCUUCCCCUUCAGCAGCUGAAAGCAGAUCAUCCCCAUCCAUCUACAGUUUAUUUGAUGCCAACGGGAGAAUGAACAUCUUUCGCUUGCGCCAGCUAGUCUAUGAGAAAGGCACACAUCCGAGUGAGAGAAAGAUCACCUGGAAGUUCCUCUUUGGGGUGUACUCUGAGAAAUCCACGACCGAAGAGAGGCAGGAGAUGGACCAGCGGAUGAUUUCACAGUAUCGGUGGAUGAAGUACUCCUGGAAGCAACGCUUCCCCUGGGCCACCAACAUCAAGGUCCACUCAGAUUUGGAGUUUUCCCUGGCCAUCCAGAAGUACAAAGACCAAGAGAGAGAAUUCGAAGCUGCCAAACCCCUUGCAGAUGCUUACAUUGAGCAUAGCCUGCCUUUCCAGUACAUUAAUGAGCAACUGUUCCAAAAAGCACUGCGAGACAUCGAUGCUGACAUCCCCCGGACAGACCGACACCGAACCUUCUUCCAGCGUGAAGGGCUGGUGAAGCUGCUUUACCUCCGGGACAUUCUGAUCACAUACACGGCCUUUCACCAAGACAUUGGAUACUGCCAGGGAAUGAAUGACUUUGCCAGCCGCUUUUUGGAGACUCUGGACAAUGAGACCGAUGCCUUCUGGUGCUUUGUGGGUUACAUGCGGCGCUCAGCAUGGAGCUUCACCACCCUGGGCGUGCGCCGCAAGAUACAAAUCUGCGAGGAGAUCCUGAAGCAUGUGGACUCAGAGCUGUACAACCACAUUGAGAGCGUGACGAAGGAGAAGCUGUUCUUUUGCCUCAGGUGGCUAAUGCUACGUUUCCAGAAAGACCUAGACACCUCAGAUGCCAUCAGGGUCCUGGAGAUCAGUGCCUUGGAAGCUGAGAAGGUCAAUUUUGCACCUUGGAUAUGGCUGACCCGCAGGGAAGGUGAGGAAGCACCAGACCCUUUUCCAUCUGUGGAGCGGGAUGAGAUCACGUUUGAAGUGCUGCUUUGCAUUGCUGUCCUGAUCCAGAACCGGAAGCAGCUGCUCCAAUACCAGGACGUCAAUGAUUUUUUCUUGUUUGCACAGAGGUUACAGGGCAGACUUCAGCUGAACACACUGCAUGGAGAGGAGUGACGCAAAGGCCCAUGAAAGCCAGAAUUCGGUAUGAAGGGUGCAUACACCCCUCAAGGAAGAAUGGGCUAGAGUGACCCCUGCAGGGAGAAAUGAGAUCACAGACAUCCUUUGGAAGCCAUUCCCCAAUGAAACAUAUCAAUUAUGUUCUGGAAGGUCUCGUACCAAAUAAACAUGGAAUCCUGGA